AUGUACCGCGAUGUCCUCUGCAGUGCCUUCCCUGAUCGCCGACUGGAACUGGACACGUAUCUCGCCAUGAUGGCCGAUUUUAAUCAGCGUUAUGGGGGUGCCCUGUUCUAUCAAUAUCACAACUCGUUCUCCGCAAAGUCUGCUUCCUACAUUUCCCUCUACAAUUCCCGUUUAGACUGGUCCGUCGUCGACACGGAGCUGCUGGUCAGGCACUUCAGCAAUCAGCGAUCGCUCAGCUGCAAUAUUUGUAGCUCCCACGGCCACUUGGCCAGUCUGUGUCCUCAGACAGUCUUCAGCGCACCUUCUGUUCCGGCCACUGCCCGGGGUGACGGCCCAGUGCAAGGACCCUCAUCCAAAGUCCGUCUGCCCCCCUCGCGUAAGGCCGCCACGGGGAGGAAAAGUGGUUUCUGCAAAGAAAUUCUAGCGUCUCACCCGUCCACGCCUAUUAAUGUAUCCGUUUUGUCAUAUUAUCUCUCUGCCCAUCCUGACUCUGUGUUUGUUGAUUUUUUGCUCACUGGUCUCUCUCAGGGGUUUAGGGUUGGUGUCCUGUCCCCCCUCUCUGACUCGUACGUGGCUAGGAACCUGCAGUCUGCCCUGGCCGAACCUUCUGUCGUGUCUGAACUCCUGUCCAAGGAACUUAAUAAAGGCUAUGUUCUCGGCCCUUUCUCUGUCCCUCCUUUCUGCCCCUUCCGCGUUAAUUCCCUCGGCGUGGCCACUCGGAAGUACUCCGGUAAGAAAAGGCUGAUUUUUGACAUGUCCUCGCCUCACUCCGACAUCUGGUCCAGCGUUAAUGAAAUGAUUCCCCUCGAACCGUUUUCACUCCACUACGCUUCCGUCGACAAUGCCAUUUGCCUUAUUAAAAUCGCCGGCAGGGGCGCUCUCCUGGCUAAGGCCGACAUCACAGACGCGUUCAAGGUUAUGCCGAUUCAUCCCGCUGAUUGGCCGUUGUUCUGCGUUAAGUGGCAGUCCAACUUUUAUUUCGCCGUGCGGCUCACGUUCGGCUGCAGGAGUAGUCCCCACAUUUUCAAUUGUCUGUCGGAAGCGCUGUGCUGGAUUUUGCUCAACGUCUGCCGCCUCCCGUUCGUCCUCCACCUCCUGGACGAUUUCCUGCUAAUUGAUUUCCCCGCGGGGUCUAGUUCAGGUCUGGACGUCCUUCGCGCUGUGUUCUUGGAGCUCGGUGUCCCUCUGUCGGCGGAGAAGACCCUGGGCCCCGUUCACUCUCUCGAAUUUCUGGGCAUUAUCCUCGACUUCGGUUGCAAUCACGGGCCUCUCUCGGGGAAAAAUUAG